ACUACUCCGGAAGUAAGAGGUUUGGGUCGGAGAGAAUGGAAGAAAAACAAAACAAAAAAUAGCCAAAUAUAUCGUAGGUUUGGUUGGCCUGAUAACCAAAUCAGAUUUCUGUUUAUCUGAUCCGUCAACUACUGCACUGGUGGAAGUAUGGCGUUUGUCACGGCGAACUGGAACCCUCUCGGGGAGGCAUUUUACAGGAAGAUUGAGCUGUAUGAGAUGGGCUGGAACCUGAGGGAUGGCCUGAGAGACUGUCUGAUAGCAGCCGCACCCUAUGGGGGACCCAUUGCUCUCCUGCGUGAGCCACAGAGGCGUUCUCCAAGUGCCCGCCCCCAGCUAGAAAUCUACUCGGCCUCUGGAUCCACGCUCGCCAGCUUCGCGUGGAAGAGUGGUGUGGUGCGUCAGCUGGGCUGGACGGUGUGUGACGACCUGCUGUGUAUCCAAGAGGACGGCACGGUGCUCAUAUACGACCUCUAUGGAACCUUCAAGAGGCACUUCAGCAUGGGCAACGAGGUUGUUCAGAACCAGGUUCUGGAAGCGAAGGUGUUCCAUUCUCCGUACGGAACCGGCGUUGCCAUCAUCACCGGAGCAUUCCGGGUCACCCUGGCAACCAACAUCGAUGACCUGAAGCUGCGCAGGCUUCCGGAAGUCCCAGGCCUGAUGGAGGCGCCGUCGUGCUGGGCCGUGCUGACUCAGGACCGGCAGAGCAAAGUGCUGCUGGCCUACGGAGCUGAUUUAUACCUACUGGACAACACAUCCUGCAUACCAGUGACUCCUCCAGGUCUGUCUCCUCAGGCUAACAGCAUCGUGUCCAUGUGCGUGUCGUUCAGCUAUAAGUACCUCGCUCUCUUCACCGAUACUGGACACGUAUGGAUGGGAUCCGCCAACCUCAAGGACAGACUGAGUGAGGUGGAUACGAAAGUCAGGAGUCCACCGAAGCAGAUGGCUUGGUGUCGCAGGCCUAAGAGCGAGCAGCCGUCCGUUGUCAUCAUGUGGGAUCGGCACCUCCUGGUGGUGGGCACCUGUAAAGACACCAUCCAAUAUCACCUUGACGACGAGACGGUGCUGGUUCCGGAGUUAGACGGCGUUCGACUGAUCAGCAGCACACACCACGAACUACUACAGGAAGUACCCAGUGCGUGUGAAGAGAUCUUCAAGAUCGCCUCCAUGGCCCCCGGAGCUCUGCUGCUGGAGGCACACAAGGAAUACGAGAAAGAGUCUCAGAAGGCGGAUGAGUAUCUUCGUGAGAUAAAAGAGCAAAGCCUUCUGGGAGAAGCCGUACGCCAGUGUGUAGAAGCGGCCGGACAUGAGCACGAACCCGACACACAGAAAACACUACUACGGGCCGCCUCCUUUGGGAAGUGUUUCCUCAGUGGUUUUCCUCCAGAGCAGUUUGUGAGCAUGUGCAGAGACCUGCGGGUGCUCAACGCAGUCCGAGACUACAUCGUCGGGAUACCCCUCACACACACACAAUUUAAGCAGAUGACCACACAGGUGCUGAUCGACAGGCUGGUGUACCGUAAGCUGUAUCCUCUGGCCAUCGAGGUGUGUCGCUACCUGAAGAUUCCGGAAUACCAGGGCGUCAGCAGAGUUCUCAAACACUGGGCCUGCUGCAAGGUGCAGCAGAAGGAGGAGGCUGACGAGGUGGUGGCGAGGGCUGUGAGUAUUAAACUGGGUGAGGCGGCAGGAAUCUCCUACUCCGAAAUCGCCACCAAGGCCUACGAAUGCGGACGCACCGAACUGGCCAUCAAGUUGUUGGAGUAUGAGCCUCGGUCAGGAGAGCAGGUGCCCUUGUUGCUCAAGAUGAAACGAAGCCAGCUGGCACUCAGCAAAGCUAUCGAGAGCGGAGACACGGACCUGGUGUACACGGUGGUGACGUACCUGAAGAACGAGAUGAACAGAGGAGAUUUCUUCAUGACCCUCAGGAACCAACCUGUCGCCCUCAGCCUCUACAGACAGUUCUGUAAGCAUCAGGAGCAGACGACCUUGAAGGACCUCUUCAACCAGGACGAUGACCACCAGGAGCUGGGCAACUUCUACGUCAAGGCCAGCUACAAAGAAAAGAGGUUGGAGGCCCGCCUGUCACUGCUGCAGAGUGCUGUGGACGAAUACAAUAAAGCCAAGAACGAGUUCGCUGCCAAGGCGACGGAGGAUGAGAUGCGGUUGCUAAGGUUCCAUCGUCGUCUGGAGGAGGAUAAGGGAGAGCACCUGAUGGGCAUGAGUCUGCAGGACACGCUGCAGAUACUGCUGUCUAUAGGCCUCCACAAGCAGGCAGAACAGCUGUACAAGGACUUCAGAGUCCCAGACAAGAGGUACUGGUGGCUGAAGCUGACGGCUCUUGCUGAUAAAGAGGACUGGGAGGAGCUGGAGAAGUUUGCAAAGAGCAAGAAGUCACCCAUCGGAUACCUGCCGUUCGUGGAGGUGUGUGUGAAGAGACACAACAAGUACGAGGCCAAGAAAUACGUGUCAAAGGUCACGCCAGAACAGAAGGUCAAAGCUCACCUGGCCGUCGGUGAUCUGGAGGGGGCUGCUGAGGUGGCAAUAGAGCGUCGUAAUGAGAAUGAGAUCAGCACCGUUCUGUCCCAGUGUUCCGCCUCGUCCGACCGGGCCCUUCUGGACCGCCUCAACCGGGCACGCAACGCCACCGGCAAGAAGUGACCUCUGAACCCCUGACCUUUUAAUUUGACCCCUCCUCCAUCACAUACCACUGGAACGCCUCCACCAAGAAGUGACCCCUGAACCCUGACCUCCUGACCCCUGCUCCUCAGUGCCGCCACCUCCGCCCGCCUGUCCUCCUCGAACACAGCACAUGACAACAUGUCCUCCUGUCCUCCUCGAACACAGCACAUGACAACAUGUCCUCCUGUCCUCCUCGAACACAGCACAUGACAACAUGUCCUCCUGUCCUCCCAUGUGCUUGUGGCCUGGAGAUGACGUCAUUGACGAUAGACGCUUAAUUCCAUAUCUCGCACAGGCACAAUUCAGGGGUCAUUUUUGCUAGGCUGAUGGCGGAUAAACGUUUUUUUUUUCUUUUCUCCGUGGAGGUGGGUCAUCAGCGAAGCGCGAGGUCUCAAGCACAGGGUCGAGGACAGUAGUCAAGAUAAUGGAAUGCACCCAUCAUGUAUUGGCCGGGAUGUUCUGUUCUGGACUGACUGAAACGACCCGGUACAGCCCUGCAAGCAUCUCUUAGAGACUGUUCCAGAUGGAAACCAGACAGAAAUAAUAAUCAAAAAAACAAUGAAAUUAAUAAAAAUGUGAAAUAAUGACUGAAUAGAACACAGCUGUAUGUGUCAAAAGAAGACUGUGUUGAUCUCAUGCACUGCAUAAAUGGUAUACACAGUAGUCGAUGGUGGAUCCACAUGGUAACUGUACAGUCUGAUGCAUAUUCUAUAUAGUGUAUGAUGGACCCAUAUGACAACAGCAUAAUGUAUACAGUCUAUGGUGGAUCCAUAUGAUGACCGCACAUUUUAUACCAGGGGUUCCCAACCUAUUCAAAUUCGGGGCCCACCUCUGGGCCAAUAAGCAACACAACUGAAAUAAAUCGACAGCAACAAAACACUCACAGAUAUCAUUUGGAUUUUCUUGAAACUUUUCAAGGCCCACUUGGAAUAUCUUGGGCCCUGGCCCACAAUUUGAGAAUCGCUCUUCUAUUCU